AUGCUGGCCUUGCUGAGUUCCCAAGGCCAGGAGUGGGGCAUCCCUCCAGAGCGCGUGGUGCUCGCCGGCUUCUCCAUGGGAGGGACUGUGGCCGCAUGGACGGCACUACAGGUGCCUCGCUCCCUUGCGGGGUUGCUGCUUUUCGGCACAGAAGGUCUCAGCUUCACAGGCGGCUGGGCCUCGCCAAAAACACUGACUGGACCUGGCUCGGAAUGGGCAACUGGCGCAGAUGGGCUUCAAGUGCUACAGUGCCAUGGUCGAGAGGACAGUCUUUGCCCAAUCGGCUUUGCCACCACGUGUGCGGAUGAACUUCGCCAGCUUGGGUGCAGUGUUCGAUCUUUGGCUUUCCGUGGUGUAGGGCAUGCCUUGUCUGCAGACAUGAUAGACGAGGCCAAAACCUGGCUAAGACAAAGAUUACCAUCUAUUUAA